UACACCUUAACGGUAGCUUAUCAACGUUAAAACGGUCCGCUGCGACUUCAACUUUCCAGGGCCCAAGAGGCAUUGCAUUUGUGGACUUGCUGUCGCAUUUCACCGAGAAAUCGCUGUACGUUUGAAAGAUCAGCAAGACCGCCAUACAAUUACGGCUACAAUGACCUCAAUCGCUUCCUCUGAUGCUGGAAAUUUAACUGUUGAGCCACUGUCAGAGCGCAACGUCUCUCGGAUCCCGCUUAUUCUUCCUCAUGGGCGCGUAUUUCCAAUUCAAAUCGGCAGCGAAUUGUUUAAGCUCUCCGGGGCAUCGUUAUCCUCUGACGCACCUUCAUACUUCUCCCAAUACUUCGUUUGCCAGUUGGAAUCGGCAAAGGAACGAAACGACGAGUCGAGCUCGGCUAUCCGAACGCUCUACAUUGAUCGCGACCCAGUCAUCUUUCGCGACAUCUCUCUCCAUCUUCAGGGCUACCAUGUUCAGCCUCGCGACGGCGAGCACUUUGUGCGUCUGUUUUCAGAUGCGCAAUUCUAUAGCUUGCCCAAACUAAUCUCUCAGCUCUACGAGGAGAGUAUCUUUAUCUCCAUCGGCCAUCGCGAGUUUCAGAUUCCUCGUGAGAUCUUCAACGACCCAGGAAAUUCUCCGAACUACUUCUCCCUCGGCUUCGCUGCUUUCUUCUCACGCCCGGACGAUCUCUUCCCUGGCCUUGACCGCGAAGGCCUUAUACGUCCACCCUCGAUCCUCCCUCCUUCGGUUCCGAAGCGCAGCGCUGAUACAUUUGCUGAGCUCCUACACUUUCUCCGAGGAUAUCCUAUUCGAAUACGUGAUGAAGCCCACCGCCAGGAUCUCCUCAGCGAUGCGCGCUACUUCCAUUUUAAGGGCCUUGAGCAGCGCCUUAUCCCGCAUUCGCUAAGUUACAACCAAGCCACGAGACGUGAUGAGAUUGUCCUUCGCCUUGAGAACAUACAGAAGAGUGGCGUUAGUGUCUUUAUUAGCAAUACAGACCCGUUGACCGGCUUUGUGCAAUACGCUCGACCUUAUGUGGACGAGAAGCCUGCUGAGCUGGUCCUCGAAAUUGGUGGCGAAACAACAAAGCUUCAUUUCUCAGGAAGUAAUGCUAGGGCGGAGUUCUUCAGGGACACCAAAGCACGAGUUGCGAAGUUGUUUGAGCUUGUCUCGUCAAAGCUAAACUUUUCCCAGGCGAUCAAAACUGAACAUCUCACCAACCAUGGACAGUUGACAAACCUCGGAAAUGCACUAUUAAAGGAAGAUCUUGUCCGUAUAGCCCUCGAGCCCGAAUCAGCCAUUAUUCUAGAUGGGAAGGACUAUCUCGAGGAUUUCAUCAAUGCCGCGGCGUCCGAAUCUUCCACAAACGAAUAUCCCCGGAAGCGAAAGCGAGCAGAUGGUGACUCAGGCGAUGAGGAGUGGGUUGUCACGACAGGGCAAUGGAGGUUGCGCAUUCAGAACGCACCAAACGGCAGGGGUGUUGAAUGUAUUCUUGUUGCAGCCAAGCUUGAUGCAAUGAGCUCGCAAUUGUCACGUAACAUGUCAAGGAGCUUUCUGGGAAGCUAAUUCAGUAUAUUUCACCUGGUCUUUGCAGCCGUAGUGAAGCGAGAACGAAAAAUGCUUUUAUGUUACGAAUCAGAUCUGUAACUGGCAUCUCGGGGAUAAUAACAGACAUCUAUGAGACGUCCAAUAGUGUGAGAUGCCACACGAAAAUAUGGAAACGGGGGUAUUUGACACAGUUGAUAUAGUGGAAUUGCAAAUACGGAACAAGUAAUUUGUACACAAUCCAGCCAACGCAUAUUAAUUAUGACCAAAACCAACAAAAGACUUUGUCUGACACAUGUCAUGAGAACCCAUGAGACCAUCCCUAAAACGGCCAUAGAAACAAGAUGGAAAGUCGCUGAAUGAUGCUCCAUGUUCUUGAGUCCCAAGUGACUUGACAACAACAGUUUAAAGUAGAGAAAACACAAUAACGCCCCUUCGCCCUGCAGGAAAAGAGAAAAAGUGAUGGGCUAAAGGGUGAGCGGAAAGAUAGGGGCCCAUCAGGAGAGGUGAAAAGCGAGAACUUUUUAUGUGUGGUCGGGUCGGGUCGGAAAAGAGAGAAUUUCAGGAGGGGGGAAUAGGAGUGAAUGUGAAGAGUAGUAGGGUGUUCGUCAGGUCGUGUCAUGGCUCAUACAAUUUGGUCGUUCAACAUUCAUCGCCCUUUGCCAGCAACCUUGCCUGUGGGAGCACUCAUAUCUCGUCGUUCAACGCCCUCGACCAUUCGACGGCUAGGUGUCAUUGUGCCCUGCGCCAUUGAACGGGCACGGCCACGACGUUCACGGAUCUUGGCGAGAGCCUGCUCGCGUGUCAUGGUAGGGGUGAGAGCAGGAUUUGACAUGUCAAAGGUGGUGCCUGUGCUGUUGUGGGAUGGUGUGCGAAGACGUUCGUUGAAGGAGGCACUGUUCCUGACCUUGUCGUCGUGAACUGGCACGGUUGUCGUAGUGGUGACGGUGUAGAAGGCAUUUGUGGUGUGAGGUCGAGUGUCAGGAGAGACAAGUAUAUCCUCGGCCACGUCUGGCAUGGUUGGUACUGAAGGAACAGGUGCCGAGUGACUGUGAGGAGCGUUGAGAAGUGAGGCGAGUGAUGUUCUCUCUUGAGCAAGCAUGGCGAAGGCUGGAGGUUCGACUGAAGGGGUUCGUGCGUAUCUCCGGUAGUUAUCGUACUCGCCGGAGUAACGGGGCUCCAUCUCAGUGCCAUCACCGAUCGUGGUUUCAGCCUCAACUUGCUCUUCAAUUACAACCUCGUCAACAUCCUGAAAUUCGCUCUCAGCAUGACUUUCUCGCUGAGCCUUGGCAGCGGCCUCGGUCUCUUCGAUUUUGCGUUGCGUCUCAAUGAUCUCGGCUUCUUGCUCCGAAACCGUCCGGAAAAUGCCUUCUUUGGGACAGAAUAUGGUGCUUCGACGGGGCUCUUUCCUGGAUUUAAUGAUACGUUGAGGGGGCUCUUGGAGGUGCUGUUCUUGGACUGGCUCAGGCUGAACAUCAGGCUCUGCUCCUGUCUCGGGCUCAGUCCGGGCUUGCGGUUCCUCGAUACGGGGAGGAGUUGUAGCGCGCUUCUCGCCGUCUACUGCCUCAUUAUCCAGUUUCAGGACCUUGUCGUUUGGUCCCUCUAGUCCAAAAGAGCUUCGGCGUUUCUGGCGAGGGGCCUCAGCACUAGCACGACGGGUUGACUUAGAGCAAGCACAGCAACGGAGAUGGCAUUCGGCCUGUAAGAAUUCAAUCAUCUCAUGGGCACGGUCUGCUCUUUGGCGCUCCCACUGCAAUUGAAUGGACAAUUCCUCAAUCUCAACCUCACUAGCUUCCGAGGAGACGAUGUCCAUUGUCGAUAGAGAUACUCGAGGAUCUCUUGACACCCGCCUCUUGUCCUUGUUAGGAGAACCAAACUCAUCGUCGGCAUCUUGUGGCGGUAGAGGAAUACGACCUUCGGCAGCGAUACGGGCAACUUCCUCGUUCUUGGCCGCAGUCUUGUAGGCGUCACGUUCCUGCUCGACGAGCUUGAUACGCUCCAGUGCUUGGUCUAGUUGUUCCUGGACACCAACGAUCUGAUAGCGCGCUUCGAAUGCUUCUUGCUCUCGGACUUUGCUCCUAGCCUUUUCUCGUUUGAGGUUUUCGUCGAUCAUCUUUGCGUUUGUGCGUGCUGACUUGAGUUCUUCUUGGAGCUUGACGAUUGAUGAUUGUGUUUUGAAUGUCUCUUUUCGUGCGCGGCGUAUCUCCUUUUCCCAUAGAGCUUGUGUGUGUGCAUGGGUCUCCUUUGCUCGGC